GGAGAGAUGGUAGAGAAAGAGAGGAGGUGAGGAUACACAUCAAGCAGUAAGAGACUCGGAGCCGACGCGGCAGCAGAGAACUGCGCUCAAACUGUAUGGAUGUUAAUAAGCCAGAGAAAUAAAAGCGGUUGGAGCGGAGAGCGCAUGUGGCCAGGCUGCGGUGGAUCCCUGCCAGCCACGGCGUGAAUGGGAUUACGCAGGUUGCUCCGGGUCCACUGUCGGUGCUGCUGCUGCUGCAGGAAACAUGCGUCUGCAGAGCUUUCCGGUCCCCCCGCUGCUGCUGCUGCUGCUGACUGGGAUUUGCAGCGGCACAAGUUUCCCAAGUAACAUAAACAUAGGAGGCCUUUUCCCCACUGGGUCCCAUGAAUACGAGGUGUUUCGUUUCGCCCUGGCACAACAUCAGGACGUCCCCAAACUGGUGCCACAGGUGGACAUGGUGGACAUUGGGAGCAGUUUUGCCAUGACCUAUGCUUUCUGCUCCCAGUUUUCUAAGGGCGUGUACACCAUCAUGGGCCUGUAUGACCGAAAGACAGUCAACAUGCUGAUGUCUUUCUGUGGCUCUCUACACGUGUGCUUCAUCACGCCGUCUUUCCCAGUUAAGACCAACAACCAGUUCGUACUGCAGUUGCGGCCCCAGCUGCAGGAGCCCCUCAUGGCCCUUUUGGAGCACUUCAAAUGGAAAAGGUUUGUCUACAUGUACAGCUCUGAUUCAGGUCUGACAGUGCUGCAGAGGAUCCUUGACACAGCAGCAGAGCGCAGUUGGCAGGUUACCUCCGCUAACUUGGACACAAUGACGGAAAAGACCUUCAUCAAACUCCUGGCCGAUCUUGACUACAAGGAGGACUUUCAUAUCAUCAUUGACUGUGAACUGGAACGAUUGAACAACAUCCUCAACUUGAUUGCAGCUCAAAAGAGAAACUUGAAGAACUACCAUUACAUCCUGGCCAACUUGGGCUUUCUGGACCUGAACGUCACAGAGUUUCAGAAGUUGGCACCAAAUGUGACAGGCUUCCAGCUGGUGAACCGAACCUGUCCAGCUGUGGAGAAAAUCAAUGAAGACUGGAUGGGCUUUGACAGCAAAGACCUCAAACUGACACGAAAGAGGCUCAAGUACACAGGAGCUCUGACCUACGACGGCGUCAACGUCAUGGUGAAAGCUUUCCAAAACCUGCGGCGGCAGCGCAUUGACAUCUCUCGCCGUGGUAACGCAGGAGAGUGUCUGGCCAACCCACCAGCGCCAUGGGGACAAGGCAUUGACAUCCAGAGAGCUCUGCAGCUGGUUCGUCUUGAAGGACUGACUGGUCACGUUGAGUUUAAUGAGCAAGGACACCGCACCAACUACACAUUGACUGUGAUGGAGCUCAGCCACAUGGGGCCCCGGAAGAUAGGCUUCUGGAAUGAGAAGAGAGGCUAUGUGCAUACACCCGUCUCCAGGCUGCCAACAGAAGAGCUGGUUAAUCUUCUGAACAAAACCUACAUUGUCACCACCAUAUUGGAAGCUCCCUACAUGAUGCUGAAGAAGAACCAUGAGCAGUUUGCAGGAAAUGACAAGUAUGAAGGUUACUGUGCUGAACUAGCAUCUGAGAUUGCCAAACAUGUUGGCUUCACCUACCGGCUAGAACUGGUGGGAGACGGAAAGUAUGGCUCCAGAGACCCGGAGACAAAGCAGUGGAAUGGCAUGGUGGGAGAACUGGUCUACGGGAAGGCAGACAUGGCCGUCGCCCCACUGACAAUCACUCUCGUCCGAGAGCAAGACAUUGACUUCACCAAACCCUUCAUGUCUCUGGGAAUCUCCAUCAUGAUCAAGAAACCAACCAAGUCCAAGCCAGGCGUUUUCUCCUUCCUUGACCCGCUGGCCUAUGAGAUCUGGAUGUGCAUUGUUUUCGCCUACAUUGGAGUCAGUGUGGUGCUCUUUCUGGUGAGUCGUUUCAGUCCCUACGAGUGGCAAGGUGAAGAGUCAGAUGAAGAAGAUGAAACUGUUCCAGCUUCAGCAUGUCGACGAGCUCCUCCCACUUCAUACUCAGAAGACCCUCACUCUCCAGGUUACUCUCAAGCUCAGAAUCAGAACCAGAACCAGCAGAAAGAUAAAGAAACUCCUGAACACACUAACGACUUUGGGAUCUUUAAUUCUCUCUGGUUCUCACUUGGGGCCUUCAUGCAGCAGGGCUGUGACAUCUCCCCUAGAUCCCUCUCAGGUCGAAUUGUUGGAGGGGUGUGGUGGUUUUUCACCCUCAUCAUCAUCUCUUCCUACACAGCCAACCUGGCAGCUUUUCUCACUGUGGAGAGAAUGGUAUCCCCUAUAGAGAGCGCAGAAGACCUAGCCAAGCAGACCGAGAUCGCCUAUGGUACACUUGAAGGGGGCUCUACCAAAGACUUCUUCAAGAGGUCAAAGAUUGCUGUGUUCGAAAAGAUGUGGUCAUACAUGCGCAGUGCAGACCCGUCUGUAUUUGUAAAGAGCACCAAUGAGGGGGUAAUACGAGUCAGAAAGUCAAAGGGGAAGUAUGCCUACCUACUUGAGUCCUCCAUGAACGAAUACAUCGAGCAGAGGAAACCCUGCGACACCAUGAAAGUAGGAGGAAACCUUGACUCUAAGGGUUACGGAGUGGCCACUCCCAAAGCAUCGCCCCUCAGAAACCCUGUUAACUUGGCAGUGUUAAAACUGAACGAGCAGGGCCUGUUGGACAAAUUGAAAAACAGAUGGUGGUAUGACAAGGGAGAGUGCGGCAUCGGGGGAGGGGACUCCAAGGACAAGACAAGCGCGCUCAGUUUGAGUAAUGUAGCUGGAGUAUUCUACAUUCUGAUUGGUGGACUUGGGCUGGCCAUGCUGGUGGCAUUGGCUGAGUUCUGCUACAAGUCUCGGAUCGAGUCCAGGAGGAUGAAGGAAUUAAUUGAUGCGGCCAUGAUGAGUACCAGCCUCAGAGGGAUGGCAGGUGGAGUUGGGGGUGGUGCUGCGGCAAGUAUGAGUGGUGGAGCAACAGGACGCGGGGGAGAGAACGGCCGCGUGGUGGCGCACGACUUCCCGAAAGCUGGAACUCAGGGUUUACCCUGCAUGAGCAAAGCAGCAGGGCGGGGACUGUCCUCCACGGGCAUGUGACACAAACCCAGCCAACUGAUUGGAUGCCAUUCUCAUGUCUUUUGAAAAGGGAUGACUGAGAGAAAUAGGUCUAGGUUAGCAGACAAGAUGAGAGAAGUUAAUCAAAUAGGUAAACUGAGAAAGAAUUAUUUAAUACAAUGAGAAAUAUCAAAUGGAAGUUCAGAUGUAAACAUGGAGAGUGUUACAAAGCAGGCAGACUAAAGGAUGUUCAUGUUACACUUAAAUGGCCCAAAUGCAGCCGAACUCUAAUGUACAGAGAGCACCUAAAUAGUCCACCUGAGCAGCACUAAGCUCCUGAAGCCAGCUGGGCUCAAUAUCAACUGGAACUAUUUUUUCUACAAACGCUGUCUUAUACUGAACUCCUUGUCUUCUGCAAUAACAGGAUCUGAUUUUUUUAAGCUUCAUAAUGGCUGAAUUUAUGCACUGUUUUUUCUUGUCCUUUGAUUCUCUUUUCUUUCCUUCUUGUUCAGAUUCAAAAACAUAGCUGUCUCACAUUCACAUUAACACCACUCUUCUGGGGGUGAGAUGUUUGAGCAUGUGAACAUUUGAAAUGCUUGUUUACUCUGAAAUACAGACUGUGAUGUAAAACCUGAAGAAAAUGUUGAUCUAAACAGA